CCCCAGCUUCAAGCAAGAAACCCGCAAAAACCCAUUUUGCUUCCUCUUGAGCUCCGCAGCGUGCGCUCUCCACCCCGACCACGGCGUCAGAAAACUCGGAACAUACUUCAGCCAAGGGAACACAUUGAGCGGAGGGAAAGCACCGGGAUCCAGCAUCCUAGCCCAUUCACCUUGAAUACGGAAGAACUCUUCAGUUUCUUUCCUCUGACCACGCUGUCCGUACACCGAGGCCAGAAUGACAGCGCAAAACUGCCUCAUCACAUGGCUGUGGUACAAGUCCGGUUCUUGGAGCACUUCCCACACCAUCUGCGUCGACUCUGCAUCCUGGAUCGGCAGCAACUUUGCCAGCUCUUCGUCCUUGAGGAAAUUGGUCAUCAUCGUCCUGCCGCGUCGCCAUUGCUGGCCGUACUUCAUGAACGCGACGUGUGCGCUCUCGGGUAUCACGUAGUCUGCUAUGGGUAUAUCCGGUCUGGAGGAAUAUAUCGCGCCUCGUUGGUCAAAGAGGUCUUUGACGGCGCGCCACGAGUUGAGGAUAACGACCUUUUGCGUUCCCAGCUGCAGGCCGAAAACUGGCCCGUACUGUCGCGACCAUUUUGUGAAUUGGAGAUAGGCUCGCUGUACUGGGAUUUGGUGGAGGUUUCCAACGAGUGGCAGGGUUGGGGGACCUGGAGGGAAAUCUUGGGCUGCGUUGACGCGGUAGCUACGGACGAGGACAACAACGACGAUGAAUACAACGAAAGACAGAAUAAGCGUCGGAGAUGCUGCUGCGAACAUAUUUCUGCAAUCUCGCGACCUUUUUUUAUUGGUUUGGUGGUUCAACGGCGCCUACCCUGUUAUAUACCGAAAAAUCUCAGUCCGCAGUGCCUCCGCAUUCGUCUUAUAGUCUUCCCUCGACAGAAGCCAAGGUAUGCUCAGAUGCAGCCUCGUGCCUCCCAUUGA